AUGCUAGUUGUUUUAGUAAAUGAUGAUAUGGAGAGUGGAACAUUACCGCCCGCAACCAUGUUAUUACAUUCUAAUGAACCGAUUCAUCCAAUGCCUUCGUCGGAAUCUCCUAUGAACCAAUUUUCUGAUAUUUUUUCGUCGAGACCACCAGUACAGAUUAGUAACAAACCUAAUAAACGCAAACUCGAUGAGCUUAGUGAUCCAUCAUCAACUGAUCUCGAAUCAUUAUCUGCGAUUAAACCGCAAAAGACUGAGCAAACUGAACCUGAACGAUCACUUAGUAGAACAGGAACACCGCUAUCGAAUGGUCCUUUACAGCAUCCACCACCUUCUUCAACACCAUCUCGUAAUGGUAAUGAUAAUGGUCCAUCAUCAUACGAUUUUGGUCCAGCAAGUAAUACUAAUAACAAUAAUAAUAAUAAUAACAACAUCGGUAGAACAACGCCUAAUUCUUCCUUAUUUACACAACAAACACCACCGCCACCACCACCAUCUUUACAACAACAGCAACCUCUACCCACAAUGCCACCAUCAUCUUACAUGCCAAUGUCACCACGAAAUCAAUAUGCAGCAAAUAAUGAAAGCCCAUUCUUACAAACAAAUAAUCAAGUGUUUGUAUUUACAACACAAUUGGCAAAUGAAGCUGCUGAAGCUGUUAUGAAAAAUGACCAUCCGAAUAUUAUUGAUUAUCAUAGAGCUUUACCAUCAACUACUCAAUAUUUGAAUACUCUCUCGAAUAAUAUGAACAAUGGUCCUAAUAAUUCGUUACUUGGCGGUCCGAUACAUAUGAAUCACGGUCCACCACCACCCGGAUGUCAUUCACCUCGAACUAUGCAAAUGAUGAUGGGUGGUCCCGGUCCGCACAAUCCACACUUACCACAUCCAAACGGCGGUCCACCACCAAAUUGGCCGCAUCCACACUAUCAUCCACAUCAACAACAGCCACCUUUUGGUCGUCUCACGCCCGGUCCUGGUGGUCUACCUCCACCGAAUCAUCUCAUGCCACCUGGUCCCAUGAUGAUGAAUGGUCAGCCACCAUCAGACGGAAUCGAAAAUCUAACACCUGAACGAGCCAAACAUCGAAAAAAUCAAUUGAAUAAAAUCGAAGAUUUAAAGUCAAAAAUCACGGGCGGACGGGCUCGUGGCGGCAGAAGUAAAGCAAAUGCUAAUGCUGCAGCAGCAGCAGCUGCUGCUGCUGCGAAUAUGCCACCAUCAGUGAACGGCGGACCAUUGCCUCCGGGUCCGCUUGAUCCACAUCAACAACAAAUGAUGAUGAUGAACAGUCCACAUGGUGUCGGCCCACCGCAUCACAUGAUGGGAAUUGGGCCACCACCGCCACAUAUGUUACCUCCAGGUAUGCGAGGACCUGAUGGAAUGAUGCUUGAUAUGAACGGUGUACCGCAACCACAUCCUGGUUACAUGAAUGGACCGAUGCCACCAAAUUUUCCGGGACAAUAUGGACCUGGACCAGGUGAUCUAUAUGGACAGCUACCUCCGCCACAUCUACAAUCCCAAGCAGCACGAGACUGGAAUAAGAUGCAAAUGGAACAUAUGGAAGGGAAAGGUCAACUUAUGCGCGGACAACCGCCACCGUACUCUUCAGCAUCACCUUCUUCAUUAACACCUCCAAUCGCUACAACAUCUGCAGGUGGUAAUUUGGGACCAAAUGGAAAAUUACUUUCCCCGAAAAUGGAACCAUCGGGUGCUCCCCGUCUGUACAAAGUUGGACAACCAGAAAAAUUUGUUCCCGAUUCUCUACCAUCAUCCGUGAACAAGAAACUAGGCGGCAAUGUUGGUGAAGUACAAUUAACAGCAUCGCCAACACAAAUGGACUAUAAUGAAUUCGGGAUGGAAGGCGAAGAAUUGAUGAUUUCUAGGCAUUUGAAUCGCGCUUAUCGUCCAUCAAAUGGAGUUAGCGGUGGUCCGCCAAUACCAUCCUCUUCUUCAUCGUUGAAAGAUGAACCAAUGACACCAAUGACACGAUCAACAUCGACACCAAAUAAUAAUAUGAAUCCAUUAUCAUGUGGGCAACCAUUGACUGAUCCUGGAACACCUACGCAUAUUUCGCAAGGGCCACCCUCACAUCUCACACCCUCCGGUGUAUCAGCUGCGUCACCAAGACCUGGAAAAUUACCCGGCAACAGUAAUCUGUCAUCACCAUUGAUGCUUUCAAACAAUCCAAAUUCAUCAGCUAAAGACGAACCAUUGGAUAUGAACGGUGGUCCGAAAACGCCAACAUCCAACAUGGCUCCACCUCUAAGCAGUAUGUUACAAAUGACUAAUAGUUUACAAUCGGCUAAUUCGCCAUACAAUUCAUCAACUGCUUCAUCUUCGAAACCAUCAUCGUUAUCGUCUAAUCUUCCUGGUAGUGGACCAUCGUUAGCUAGUCAAAAUCUACCACAUAUGACUAGAUCUAUAGAUCAAUUACCUCCACCGUCUCAUAUGCCUUUGCCACCUCAUCAUCAACAACAACAACAAAUGCAGUUUCAAAAUAUGAAUCCACAUCAUCGAAUGAUGGGCAUGCUAGAACCUAUGCCACCACAUUACAAUCCACAUCAUGGCGGUAAUCUACCACCCCCACAUCCACACAUGUACAAAAUGAUGCCUCCACAUCAUGUACAUGAUCCAUCUGGAAUGAUGCUCUCACAUCCUGGCGGUCCGCCGCGUUCUUCAAAAGGUUUACCACCACCGUCGUCCGAUCCCAUGCAACAACAUCUUCAUCAUUUACCACCACCACACUACGGUAAAAUGCACAAUAUGGAUCCAAUGCUAGGUGGUCCACCACUGCCAGGGCAUCCACAGCAACAUAUGCGUUUCCCAUCGAUGAUGGACGACGGCUUUGGUAUGGGACAACCACCACCACCGUCUCAUCAUCCCCAUCACCCUCACAUGCACCCUCAUAUGCAGCCUCAUCCACAAAUGCAUCAUCAACCAAUGCAUCCGAACGAUGGUCGACCGCCGCCUCAGUCAAUCAAUAAUACAUACGUAUCAACGACAAUGUCUAUACAGCAAUUGAAUAUUCAAAAUCUAGGUCCCGGUGGACCACCGCCCGACCUUCAAACGGGUACAAUUCAUUAUCAUGCAUCGUCAGGAAAUGGUCCUGAUGGGCAACCACAGGGACCACCUGGAUCGAAUGGUAACAAUACGAUGUUUGCAUCUCAACAACAAUUUACUAGUAUGAGUAAUAUGUCAACAAAUGAUCCAUCGUUUGCUCCACAAUUCAAUGAUCUUCAACCACCACCAUCAAAUCUAGGUGUAGACGGUGUUCAACAACUUCCUUAUUGGUGA